GUUCUGGGAUGUUCCUUUUUUCCGACCAGUGGAUGAUAUGAUUGAUUGGGGUUUGGUCAACGUUCAAAGAGAAGUCUUCGUGCGCCAUUGAUUUGGGUGAGAAUACGAAGAAGACGAUAGAUUUCGCAUUCAAUUUUCAUUCCUUAGACUAAUCUCUUCUUUCGAUUUGGAAAGUCAACUGAUCUUAAAAACUAUUCACCCUCGAAAGCUUCCAACUUUUAGGGUUUUCGGAGCUUCUUCAGAUGGGUGGUGGCGGUGGCGGCACAGAUACAAGUACGAUGCAGAGAGCUACCUAUUCAUCUUCCUCCAUCCCUAAACAGCCACUCCCGAUAACCCCUAACCACCACUUGAAUCCACCUCUUCUCCGCUCCCCACAGCCUUUCAGCGCCGACGGCGCCGGAAAUAGAGUCGGAGCUCCGCCUCCGAUCCCUUCCUAUUCUCAGAUCCCGGCGACCUUACAACUCAAACACUCCCGGUCUACGUCUCAACCGUCGUCCUUCUUCUCCUUCGAUUCCCUACCGCCGUUAAACCCUUCUCCGGUCUCGGUGGAUGAGAGAAACGCCGCCGGGUUCAGCCCUUCUCUCCCUCCGUCGCCGUUCACGAUGUGUCAUUCCAGUUCUAGGAUUCUCGGCGGCGGCGGAGAUGGAGAGAAUCUACCGCCGAGGAAGUCUCAUAGGCGCUCCAACAGCGAUGUUACAUUCGGGUUUAGUUCGGUAAUGUCACCUCCUUUGAUCCCAUCGAGGUCUCUGGAGAGAUCCGUCUCUGGAGGAGAGGUGGCUUCAGACUGGUCUAACUUGGUCAAGGAAGAGCCUGGAGAAGGAGGAGGAAGAAAAAAAUCAGAGAGUGAAGCUAUGGAUGAUGUCUUCAGGGCUUAUAUGAAUCUUGAUAACAUUGAUGUCUUGAAUUCAUUUGGAGGUAAUGAGACGGUGGACAGCAGCGGGACUAGGAAGAGCAGCAGUGACUCCGAAGGAGAGAGCAGUGCGAAGGUUUCUUCAGGGGUGAAGAGGAGAGCCGGCGGAGACAUUGCUCCGACGGGUAGACACUGUAGGAGUGUUUCCAUGGAUAGUGGUUUCAUGGGAAAAUUGGACUUCGGUGGUGAUGAGAAGCUUCCGGUAAAAGCUUCCCCGACCAAUUCUGGUGAAGGGAACUCGAGUGUGGAAUUUGGAAACAGUGAGUUCACUGCAGCUGAGAUGAAGAAGAUCUCGGCUGAUGAGAAACUCGCUGAGAUUGUUAUGGCUGACCCUAAGCGUGUUAAGAGGAUAUUGGCGAACCGUGUGUCUGCUGCACGUUCAAAGGAGCGGAAGACGCAAUACAUGGCGGAGUUAGAACACAAGGUGCAGACACUUCAGAGUGAGGCCACUACAUUAUCAGCUCAGCUCACGCAUUUGCAGAGAGAUUCAAUGGGGCUGACGAACCAGAACAAUGAGCUCAAGUUCCGUCUUCAAGCUAUGGAGCAGCAGGCACAACUCCGCGAUGCUCUGUCUGAGAAACUGACUGAAGAAGUCCAGCGAUUGAAGAUGGUGAUAGGUGAGACAAGCAGCCGCAGCACCAGCAGCAGGAGGGAAUCUAACAUAUCAAAGACGACACUAAGCCCGGAGAUGUUUCAGCAGCUAAGCAUUAGCCAGCAGCAGAUGCAGCAUUCCAAAGCACAGAUCAAAUGAAUAGGGUAAGAAGAAGAAGAAGUGUGAUCCGCAAGUUACAUAGAUCAUGUUAUGUGCAGAGACCGUGUUUGAAAAUUGUUGAAGAAACAUAUAUAUAUAUAUAAAGAGUAUGUCUAUCCUGAAGAGAAACAGAUACAUAAAAUAUAGAGGCACUGCUUCUGGAAAGAGUGAUCUUCUGUCGUUUUGGAACUGUAUAAUACAGUUGGGAUUUGGAACUUCUUUGAGACAAUUAUUUCAUUUUUUU